AGCGAAAGCUUCUUCUAUUCCGUUCACAACCAUUUGAACCAUUUGAACCAUUUGAAUCCUAUCAAUGAACACUUUCAAAGAUAAGCGUACUUUUCAUAAGUAAUUAAGGUUAAGGGAAAAAUAUAGAUCCAUCAACCUACUGUCCUCAUACGUGAGGAUUGAUAACUUGGGUUCUUGUCCGAACUACUGCUGAUUAAAUGUUUGAAGGUACUUUUCAGCGUCACCCAAGGACAACAGUCUGCGCGGAAAGUGGUUACUGCUUGUGAGGUAACUGGUUAGUCACUUAAUUUAACCCAUCCACUGGCUUCUCACCAAUCAUUCUUGUUUCAAUCCGUAAAUUCUUUCGUUUUUACUGUUUAUUGUGGUAUUACGCAAUAUCCAUAUACUUUUUUGUGUCUGACAAGUAUUCCCUACAAUCUAGAUACAAAUAAAAAAGGAAGAGUCAUUUUCCUAUACCUGGUGAAAAAGUUUGAAAUUCAGAUGAAAAAAAUGAAAUCGAUAUCUUGCUUGUUUACAUAUAGUUAGCGACAGGCUCUUGAGGUCAUAUGUCCAUAUGGGCAUAUGUGUUAUAUAACAUGUGUUAUCAGGCGCCUUUUGUUAGAAUGGAAAUUGAUAUAUUUCAUUAACAACAAAUGGCUUCACGACUGAUAAAAAGCAUGCGUGUUCACGUCUCUAUUUACGGAUAGUUCGUGAUUUGGAACAAAUGGAUUUCAGUUCAAGGAAUUAGAUAUUUUGAUCGACUUUGAAUUGUCACCUCCUAUGAAUCAUACAAGGGCUUUACACUUUGUUUUCAAAGUGGCCAAUCGUAAUGAAACAAUUGAUUUUUACAAACGGAUUCUUGGAAUGAAGGUGUUACGACAUGAAGAAUUUACUGAAGGUUGUAAAGCUUCAUGUAACGGACCAUAUGAUGGGAAGUGGAGCAAAACCAUGAUAGGUUAUGGACCUGAGGAUAAUCAUUUUGUUGUUGAAUUGACUUAUAAUUAUGGGAUUGGUGCUUAUCAACUUGGUAAUGAUUUCCAGUAUAUUCUUAUUCAUAAUAAGGAUGCAUAUUCAAGAAUUACCGGUGGAUCAUGGCCUAUCACAUUGAAAGAGUCGAAUUCAGUAAAAGUGGAAGCUCCUGGUGGAUAUGUAUUUUGGGUGCAUAACAGUGAUAGUAACGGGGAUCCAGUUCAAAUGGUGGCUUUAUCUACUUCAAAUCUCAAACGAUCCAUUGAUUAUUGGUCUCAUAAACUUAGUAUGACACUUGUGUCAUCUAGCUCAGAUGAAGCGGUGUUUUGUUAUUCACCAAAUCAGUGUAGUUUAAAACUAAUUUCCAUUCAAAAGCCCAUUGAUCAUGCCAGCGCAUUUGGUCGUAUAGCUUUUGCAUGCCCAACUAGUCAAUUACCAAUCUUACAACAAACAAUGGAUUCACAAAAUGAAACGAUUCUUACUCGUCUAGUCAGCUUGGAUACGCCAGGAAAAGCUACUGUACAAGUGAUUAUUUUAGCUGAUCCACUGUUGGGCAAUUUCCAUAAUUUCCUAAUUGGUAACUGGAAUAAUAUAUCUUCUUUAUACCUGCUAGUACGUUAUAGUAGGUCUUUAGAGGACAAUUCAACAGGAUUAAUGAGAAAAUGUAAAUCGUACGUGAUAAAGCUGUGCCGAUGCCAAGUGUGUAGACUGGGAUUUUAGGCUUUUGAUUUACACAAAGCAGUUUGCUUAAUAAGAAGGUGAGAGUAUAUCAGCUCGACUUUCUAAUUAAACUCAAAUGCAAUCUAAUGGGCCAAUGGAUGGAGUUAACAUUAGGCGAAAGACAGAAGAUAAGGAAGUUUAACUCGAAAUCUGUAACUUUGUAAUUCUAAUGUGUUGGGUUUACUAAGAUACAAAUAAACAUGAACUAUCUUUACAGUUCAGUAGCAACAAUACAUAAAAUGUUGAAAAAACAAGUUGCAACAUAAUUUGGGGAUAUUUAAGAACUACUGGCUUACCAAGUUUGAUCGUAACUCCACAGGUUAUUCCAGUUGUAAAGUUAGGUCGCUCAAUGUUUAUGCGAACCUGAGUCAAUUAAAAUGGCUUACAUAUACGUUAUGCAUGGUGGGUAAUUGCCUGAUUUUGAGUGAGCAACACUUAUGUUUUACAAGAAAAUCACAGAUAAAGGAAAUAUGUCAGUUGUUGACUAAGUAGAUCAGUGAUUAAGUAAUCAAAUCGUUCGACUUUAAGCCACGUAGUCGCGGGUCCGAACUCCGUUGAACCUUUUUCAGUUUAGUCGAACGGUCAGUGUCACUAGCCCUCACACUUAUAUUUGUGAUCAAAGCCAAGUACAUGAACUCAUACUAAAUAAAUAAUUAGGUAGAAAAUACUAAAAAAUGAAUGAAAUAGAGGGAACUCGUCUAGCCUGUAUUUAGCCAUUGUUUAUCUUACACUGGUAUCAUAACAAAAGUAAUGACAGUCGCUCCAUAGAAAGGAGAAACUGACAGUAGAAUAAAGGAAAUUUGAGCUCCACGGCAAUCUACACUAUUGUACAAAUUGUUUUUUUCGUAUACACGACUUGCGACUCAUUUGAUGUUUUUUUUAUUUAUUUACUGUGCUUGAUUCGACUGUUCAUUGUGCAAUUUUUCGAAAUAUCACUCUGUUAUUCAGUUGUUUAACAAAUUGGACGUCUAUAAUUAUGAUGUUAACUAUAAUCACAAUCUAUCUAAUUUAGCUCAUGCGAUAGGAUAGUUUCGUUAGCCCAUCAUAAAAUGAAUGUGAUGUGUGGUAUUGGAAGUAAGAUAUGAUUGGUCGUAGAGAGUGAACGAGCAGCCACAGCCUAUGAACUAUUAAAUAUGUGAUCUACCUUCUUGUCAUUGAUUUCUACUCCAAACUCAUUGAGUGUGACUGUUUGUAAUUGUAUUGGAUAAAGUGUUAUCUAGUGUUAAUUUGGUUCUCUAUUUUGGGUCGUGAAUCUUGGUUCCGAUAAAACGUGAUUAGUAUUAUUAUCAUCGUGUUAACGUAUCCUCAUAAUAUAUGUGAGAGAGAAAAAAAAGUUGUUUUAAACCAUCCAUUAUACCAGAGUUUCACUGCUAUUUGACUUUGUACUGAAUUUAUUGUGGAUCUUCUUUUCUGUUUACUUAAUUACCUCUUAUUUAGGACGGUCAUGAAAUCUGUUUUGUUGGAGAUGAAGCUUUUAGACAGUUGUCACAAGUGGAUUCACAAGCGGAUAAUCUACUACAAUCAGCUAUAGCCUCAGAUAAAAGUGAUGAAUGGUUCAAUAAACAUGGAGGCAAGACAACGAAAUAAAACGAUCGUUUUCAACUCAUUGAAUCUUGUGUUUACGGUAUCAUGAAUUGUUAUGUGUGGAAUGUCUGAUUUUUUUAUUGUUUAUUUCUCUCCAAUAAUAUACAAUUUUAUACAACAUUCUCGUAGAUUAUUUAAACAACCAUUCAUUGGAUAGUAAGAUAUAAUUUUUAUACCGUAAAAUGUAUUUAGGCUCAAUGUGUAGUUUUGGUCCAGUUGAAAACAAUUUAAAAUAUACUUGGAAAUUGUGAAUUC